AUGGCUGGCCCUGGCGGUGGUCCUCCUCGACGGAGCCACACCAAGUCCCGGAAGGGCUGUGAUGCGUGCAAACGCCGCCACAUCCGGUGUGACGAGAACUUUCCCCAGUGCCGCAACUGCACCAAGCACAAGAUCCGCUGCCCCUACAAUGACAUUCCUGUCCCUGAUGAUAGGUCUACUACCCCCGACAAGCCGGAUCUCAUGUGGACCCCGGAAAUCGAGGCCGUCAUUGAGCAGUGGCAGCGCACUGGCAUCUUCCCGUUCCCGAGCCUCAACAUCUAUCCGGCGCCCAACCCGCAAGUCUUCACUGUCGAGGAGUUGCGCCUGAUCCACCAUGCCGCCUCCAUCAGCCAUCAGUUGAGGCUCAUUGACGCCGACGGCUUCACUAUUUGGACCCGCCAGAUUCCCACAAUCAUCAAGAUCGGCGCAACCCAGGGUUACGUUAUGCAUUCCCUGCUAGCUUUCUCCGCCAUGCACCUCGCUUUCCUCACCGACUGCCCAUUGGUCGGCAACAUGGCUUAUGAGCACCGUGGCAUCGCCCUGAAGGGAUUGCAGGAGGCCAUUGGCACUUUCUCGCGAGAGACCUCCGAUGCGAUUCUCGCCGCCUCGCUCGUCCUCUCGUGGCAAGCUACAGAUUGGCGGAGCUGGACCCAGUUGAUGCAGGGAACCCGUUCGGUUAUCGAGGCCAUGGACCCCUGGAAGCACGAGUCCCAAUUCGGUGACUUCAUCGCGGAGAGCAGCACGUUCCCAACGGCCCCGCCCUCGCCCACCCCCGACCACAAGCCGAGCCAGCCGCGCCAGGAGGACCUCGACAUCUUCCAGCACACGCUCCUGCAGCUUCAAAAGGUCGAGACACACCUCAAGCAGCAACGCGGGGAUACGAAGGCUGUGCAACAGCUGAUCACCUUCGUCAAGGGCGCACGCAAGGUCAGCCCGACCCUCUCGGUGGCCCAGCAGUUCGAGCGCCUGCGGCCGUUGCGGACUUGGCUCUUCUGGCUGCCGGUCAUGUUCCUGCAGCAGACCGGGGGCUCGCCAAGCGCCCUGCUCGUCAUUGCGCACUACUACACGGCCGCUCUGCUCAUGGAGCGUCUCUUCCCCGAGAUUGGCGCUGCCUACUUUGGCAGUCUCUCCAUCGGCCCUGUCGAGGAGAUCGCCCGCCGGCUCCUGUCCAUCAAUGUCUCUGGCGGCUCCGAGGGCGACACACAGAACGCGCUCACCCUGAUGGAGUUCCCCAUCGACACCGUCAACGGCUUCCGCCAGCGCAUGGGCUGGGUGCAGCCCACGCGCACGCCGUCCUUCCCGCAGUUCAACCCGCCCAACUUCUACCGCGAGGAUUCCACCCCGUCGCAGAUGCCGCCGACCUCGGAGUUCCUGCCGUAUGCCGACAGCCCUGCGUUCAGCUACAGCACCGAGGACCUGUCGAUGCUCAGCGCAGAUCCCGGCCCGAGCGCCGCCAGCGCCAUCAACCCUCUGCACUUCGCCAACCCGCAGUACCUGAACAUCCCGAGUCCCUCGUACGGCGGAUACAGCCCCGCGUCCAGCACCUUUGGUGACUUUGGCGACGGCGCGUCGAUGGGCUACAGCGACAACGAGGAAUUUGCUACUUAUGACAUGGCUUCUUACCCUUCGGCCGAUCCGAUGAUGGGAGGACACAACAGCUAUGGUGCCGGGACCCCCUUCAUGACAAGCACACCCACCUAUCCGCCACCCGAGGACCCGUCCACGCUCCUGUCCACCUCACUACCUGCUGCUGCACCCUCGCCAUUCCUCAGGUCCGAGCCCUUCCACAUGCUCCCUCUUCCCGAGUCACCCGUCCCCAACUUGGGAUUCCCGCAGCUCCCGGGCCAUCGUCACAAUCUCUCCACCUCGUCCGCCCCGACACCCGGCGGUGACAGGGAGAAAGGCAAGGACAGAGCGACAUGA